UGCUUAUGACUUCAUCUCACACCUUCUUCCUCCCCAAGUAAAGCAAAACAAAUAUAAACCCUCGAUCGAAAUCAAUUCGAAUCCAUUAGGGUUUUGUAUCGCCGCCGUCUCCAAAAUCCCCAUUCUUCUUCGUCCUCCUCCUCGUGCUCUCGGAAGAAAGAAGAAGAAGAUGGCCGCGGUGUCGUUCCUGACAAACGUGGCGCGGGUGGCGAUCGGGCUGGGGACGGGCGCCACGCUGAUGAACGCGUCGCUCUACACGGUGGACGGUGGUGAGCGGGCCGUGCUCUUCGACCGGUUCCGCGGUGUGCUCCCGGAGACGGUGGGCGAGGGCACCCACUUCCUCGUCCCCUGGCUGCAGAAACCCUUCAUUUUCGACAUCCGCACCCGCCCCCACACCUUCGCCUCCAACUCCGGCACCAAGGACCUGCAGAUGGUCAACCUCACCCUCCGCCUCCUUUCCCGCCCGGACGUCGCCCACCUUCCCACCAUCUUCACCUCCCUCGGUACCGAGUACGACGAGAAGGUCCUCCCAUCCAUUGGCAACGAGGUCCUCAAGUCCGUCGUCGCCCAGUUCAACGCCGAUCAACUGCUCACCGAGCGUCCCCACGUCUCUGCCCUCGUCCGGGACGCCCUCAUUCGCCGUGCGCGUGACUUCCAUAUCGUUCUCGAUGACGUCGCCAUCACCCACCUCUCCUACGGCGUCGAGUUCUCCAGCGCCGUCGAGAAGAAGCAGGUUGCACAGCAGGAGGCCGAGCGCUCCAAAUUCCUCGUCGCCCGCGCCGAGCAGGAGCGACGCGCCGCAGUCAUCCGCGCUGAAGGUGAGAGCGAGGCCGCCAAGCUCAUCUCCGACGCCACGUUUGCUGCCGGUACUGGCCUCCUCGAGCUUCGCCGGAUCGAGGCCGCUCGCGAGAUCGCCACCACCCUCUCAAAAUCGCCCAACGUCGUCUACCUCCCUGGAGGGAACAACAUGCUCCUUGGUAUCAACCCUGCCGGCAUGGUACAAGGCCGGUGAACUUAGGGAUUCCUCUCCCCUGUUCUCUUCCCUCACCUUCCUUAUCCUUCAUGAAGGUUUUACUUCUACAUUGAUCUUGAACUUGCUCAUAGGAAUGUUUGAUGAGGAGUGUUUUGGUACUGUAGUCCAAUGAUGUUUCCAAUUCAAUAAUGCUUCAUACUUGGUUCGUUUGGACCUUUAUUCUGCUUCA